GCAGGGAAAGAAACAUACACAAUGCCGUCCAAAGAGAAUGGAGCCUCCCAUGUUUCCACUUCCAUGUACUUCCUAGCGUCCAACGAAUUAUUCAAAUCUGAGAAGCCAUAUGCUUUCCGAUUUACUCUCGCGGAACAUGGUCUACCAUCAAGCAUUCCUCAGACGAACAUGAAAAUGGAGCGCAGAGAUGAUAUCAUCAUUGACGAUAUCAGAGGAAACGAGAAGAUGUACACGCUCGAAAAGAACGGGUUUGAGGUCAUCACGCAUACCAGUCAAAUUGCAUACGAAGAUUACUAUGAACCGGAAAAAGUGAAAUCAUAUUUACAAGAACUGGAAGAGGUGCUCAAAGAUCGUUUAAAAGCGAGCCACGUCCAAGUAUUUCGUUAUGGCCUUCGCAAAAGGCAUUCCGAGUUUCCCGUUUCUACGGGCGAGGCAUAUGAAUAUGAUCAACCAACCUCAGUGGCACAUGUUGACACUACGCCGGAAGAGUUGUCGAAAGAAAUAACCCGACAAUAUGGGGAAGAGGCUAAUUCAUGGUUGACCAAACGUUGUCAGUGGAUAAACAUCUGGAAGCCACUCAAGGGCCCCUUGACCGACUGGCCACUGGCAGUCUGUAAUGCAGCCGUGGUAGACAAAGUCAAUGAUCUCGAAGCAGCAGAUUUACUAUACCCAGAUCUUGCCACUGAGAAUUAUCAAGUGUACUAUAACCCGAAUCAUGAAUGGCACUACCUUAGCGGUCAAGAGGUAUCGGAACUUAUGGUCUUCAAACAAGCUGAUCAUAUGAUGCAAUCCUCGCUUCCGGGUGUUCCUCAUUGCUCCUUUCCAAAUCCCUUUACUCCUAAGGGUGAAGCACCGCGGGAAAGUAUUGAGGCGAGGGCACUUGUUUUCUAUGAUGACUGAGAAUUAACCCCUGUAUUUACCAAAUUAUAGUUGAUUCAUUCGUUGCAGCAGAGAAUCUCUGGAGGUAUCUGUAUGUCAGUUUUGCAGCCUAAU